AAAAUAUAAUUAUAUUAGUGCUACAAAAAUGAUGAAAUAAAUGAUCAUCAAAGGAAGCCUACAAUGAAGAUAAGAUUAAACUUUUCAUGAUUCACUAGCAUGAGCAAAAGAUGGAAAAAGAUAACAGAUGCAGAAACAGAGCCACAAUGGUUUUUCUUUACACCAUUACGGUAUUAUUCAUACUUAUUGUGGGGUAUCAUUAUUAUAUACAUUAUGGAUCACGAAAUGGGCGACUGAUCAAUCUUAUACCAGGGCCAUCAGGUUAUCCGAUUUUUGGAAAUCUACUACAAUUUAUAGGCCCACGAGAAAAACAAUGGAAGUUACUGAUCAGUCUAAUUGACCAGUACUAUCCAAUUGUUAAACUUUGGGGAUUCUCUAUCCCCUUUGUAUUCAUCCGUCAUCCGGACGAUUUACAGACAAUAUUACACAACACGGCCCACAGUAGAAAAAACUUUUUUUAUGAUGUUUUACGUCCAUGGAUGGGCAAUAAUAUUUUAAUUAGUGAAGGCGCCAAAUGGCGUUCAAUACGGAAAAUAAUAACUCCCACAUUCUAUAAUAAAAUUUUGGAGCAAUAUGCUGAGAUUUUGAUCACGGAGGGUGAAAACAUGACAACGUCUUUGAAAAAUACAGGAGGCACAGUUGUAAAAGAUUUAGAAUCGUUUGUUAGUGAACAUACGUUGAAUGCAAUAUGCGAAACUUCAAUGGGUAUUUCUCUACGUGACUUCGGUGAAUCCGGGCAAAAAUAUCGAAAAGCUGUUAAUCGGAUUGGCGAACUUUUUAUUUAUAGGUUAGUGAGGAUGUGGUUGCACAACGACUGGAUAUUCUUACAGGAUCGUGUCAGAAAAGAAGUGGAAACUGCUUUUAAAGAAAAUAGACAUCAAUUUAAUAAAGAAUUAUUAGACAAUUUAAAAUAUUUACAUAGAUGCAUCCAAGAAACUUUGCGUCUGUAUCCGAGCGUAUUUUUAAUAUCGCGAGUUGCUGGGGAAGACGUUAAAUUACAGUCAUAUUUAGUACCGGCGGGAACAACUCUGGUCCUUAACAUAUAUGGAGUACACAGGGAUCCUAAUUUUUGGCCAAAUCCUGAGAUAUUUGAUCCCGAUAGAUUUUUGCCAGAGAGGAAACGAAAUCAUCAUUGCUAUUCUCAUAUACCAUUUAGUGCUGGAUCGCGUAAUUGUCUAGGCCAGCAAUACGCCUAUCUACAAAUAAAGGCUUUAAUAGUUCCUCUGAUACAGAGUUAUUAUUUAGAGCCCAUCGAUUAUUUAAAGAAUCUGAGGCUACAGGCUGACUUAGUACUUCGCCCAGCAUGUCCACUUCGUGUAAAAUUUGUCCCCAUUUGAGAUCUAAUCAUAGCGGACAACAAGGAUCUAGGAUGUCUCACCAAAUCUGGAUGCCAAAUAGGAUGUAACACCAGCAACUGUUGUGAUUUGGAUAAUGAAAUAUAUCAAACAAGCGCAUUUGACGAAUAAUUAGUAAGAUCGCUUUACGUUACGUAACAACAAAAUGCGAUCUCUUAUUAAUUAGACAUUAACUUCUUUAUAAAUGUAUAAUUUACUAAUCGUUUUAAUAAUUACUUACUAGUAAAUCUGAUAUUGUCGUGUAACUAAACUCUUAUUAUAUGCUCUCUGAUGGUCUUUAUAUUAAUAUGUAAAUUUAUUCAUGUGCUGUAUAACGUCGUAUGUAAUGUACACAUUUGUAUUAGAGUUAUAAUUUGUACACACAAAGUAGAAUUGUAAAACAUAUCUGGAUACUAAAAUAUAGAAAUUAUUCGAAAUAGUUAUUUUAUUGUUAGUCAAA